CCCGCUGGCAUGCAGAUUGGAUCCGGGUCAUUAAAACUGCGCUGGCGAUGCCAGGCUGGUGCCAGGCUCAUUUUGAGGCUCAUUACACAAAAACACCACGUGACCCAGCGUGCAGGCCCUGGGGGCACCGAGGGCUUUAGCAAAUGCCGCACAAUAAAUUAAGAGCAAAGUAAGAAACAGGUUUUCUUUACUAUUCGGAGUCGUGGUUUGAAGGCAGCUGAUGAACUUGACUUCUCAGGGCCGGCGGGAAGCCCUGACAGGCCGGCCGUGGGUUCGGACGUCACUUUCCCAGGAUCUCGCUCUCCGCGGCGGCACCUGAAGUGCAGGAUGAGCCUGCCGAAUGCCACCGCCGUGACCCCGCUCCUGGCCAGGCUGUGGCGGGAGCCCCCCCACGCUCUCUACGUCCUCAUGGUGCUCGGCUUCUUCGGCUUCUUCACGCUGGGCAUCAUGCUGAGCUACAUCCGCUCCAAGAAGCUGGAGCACUCCCACGACCCCUUCAACGUGUACAUCGAGUCCGACGCGUGGCAGGAGCAGGACAAGGCGCUCCUGCAGGCGCGCGUGCUGGAGAGCUUCCGGGCCUGCUCCGUCAUCCAGAACCCGCUGGCCGUGGAGCGGCCCCACGCGCACCUGCCCGGGGCGAGGCCUUCGUCAUGACCGGGCGGGGGGACUGGACAGGGACCCCGGACAGUCCGAUUCCUCUAACCCCGGACAGUGCCAUUUCUCUCUUGUACUCUGUAUGGUAUGGACACUUUUUUUUUUUUUGCUGUUAUGAGGCUAAGGGGUGGGUUAGUAGCACUAUUUCUCUAAAAUCACAUUUGUUCUCUCAGAGACUGUCAGCUGUCCCCCAGGAUCUGGCCUCUGGGGGUAAGAGCUGCAUUUCCCAGACUCCCUUGCAGCUAGCAAGGUCCUGUGAUGACGUUCUGGCCGGUAGAAGUGGGACUGAGGAGGGCAAUUUCUGAGCGAUUCUUGAAAAGGGAAGGCCGUGUCCUCCCUCCACUCCCCUUCCCCACCUCCCAGGGGCUGGGCCGGGGGAGAGGUGAGGCAGCUCAGCUCCGGGACCGGAGGGCGUGUUCACAGAUGCAGAGUCUCUGGGCAGUGCCGCGGGCAGGUUCUCCCAUCCUUUCUGGACACCCGCCCGCGCAGACUUCACGGGAAAAGGAAACCAGCUCCCAUCUUCCUUAAGAUUCUUUUGGUUUAUGUUAAAGCAGCAGAACCAAUCUUCUAACUAACAUGGACUAAGAUGCAGGAGAAAACGAACCCCACUUCAGAACGCAUACCAGGAGGAAGGCGCUGGGUGGUCAUGGCAGGAGGGAGGGUGCCCCCCCACCCCCGCGGGCCCAGGGGCGGAGAGGGUGUGGGCCAGUGGCACCGCCUGGGGCCGAGGUGGCAGGGCCUUGCGAGGUGUGCGCCCACGGUGGCUGACUCGUGUCCUCCCGAGAGAUUCGUUCACGCCCCCGGUGCCUGCAGGGUUGGUUAUUGGGAAACAGAUCUUUGCCGACGGCAUCAAGGAAGAUGAGGCCAUUGGUGACUGAUGUCCUCGAAGAAGAGGGAGGUCUGGACCCGGACACACAGGAGAGCCCCGUGUGCCCACGGAGCAGAGACUGGAGUGACGCAGCCACAGCCACAGCCACAGCCACGGUCGCCUGGGUGACGCCACCACCGAAGCUGGAGGAGGCGAGGAGGAGGCCCCUGCAGGUCACGGGGAAGCGUGGCCCAGGAGCCCUUGACUCCGACCUCUGGCCCCCGGAACUGGGAGGCCACGGGUUUCUGUGGUUUCAGGCCGCACGGUGUGGCUUCUCUGUUACGGCAGCCACGGGAAACGCAGGAAUCACAGAGUGCCCUCUCCCCCACCCCCUCCCCGACAGCUGCUUUCCUCCCGCCUCCUUCCCCUCGCAGACGAGAGGUGGGAAGGGGCUGAGUGGGUGCAGGGAACAUACCUCCUUCUCUUCCGCAGUAGAAGGAAGCCUCCUUAGCCCGACCUAAGAGUCCAGAGCCACGUGCCGUGGGUUUCAGCCUCCUGCUCCAGCAGCACCGCAGCGUGUACAUGGACAGCCGUGGCCACGGGCAGCAUUAGCUACGGGCAGUGAUGGCCACGGGCAGCAUUAGCCACGGGCAGCUUUAGCCAUAGGAAGCCUUGGCCACGGGCAGCGCUAGCACUCUGGGACCCCUUGCAUGCUCAACCUGCUUGGGCAUUCCUAAAUCCUAUAUAAUAAAGAGCUAAUAC